GCGAGGAAGAUGUCGAUGUCGUCGCCGUCUCCGUCGGGGCCUGGAGGAGCGGAACCCCCGCGCGGGCCGCCCCCGGGCGUCCGGCGGCGGUGGGAGUUGUACCGCGCCGGGGCUCCUGGCGGGUUGGCCUCGAGCACCGCGGUGGACGCGACCCGGCGCGGGCUGAAGGUCCGCAACGCCCUCACGGCGCUCGGCAUCGGCGCGGUGGUCGUAGGAAUUUAUGCCUACACCAUUCAUUCCAUCUCCCAAGAACGCUUCUUGGACGAGCUUGAACGGGAUGCCGAAGUCAUGCAGGCCCGAAGAGCAAAGGCUUCAGUGGAAUGAGGAUGACGGAGUACUUCCACUUUAAGAAGCACAGGGACACGAUGCCAUCUGUGAUGCCAGCUGAGGAUGUGUUGGCAGUGACCUGGGGCAUUGAUACCCCACUGCUGCUCAGAGAACUGGCUUCUUCCAUCUGUUUAUAAACUCUUUGCCAUGCGUAACAUGUCAAAGCCUCCUAACAAUUUCAGAUACUGUAUUUAAUGUGAAAGAACAAUAAAUCAGUUAUGUGGAUUAUG